GUAUCGACCGUGAACAUAUGCCUGGGGAAAAGAAGAAGAGAGGUUUUGUUUUCAUUUUUAUUAAUAAAUAUUUUACUCAAUUAUCGAUUUUUAUUUGAUUUGCUGAAUAUCAAGGUUUAGUAAUACUGCAGUCAAUAAUGUGGAGCAAAUAUUUUAAAUAAUAUACAGCUAAUAUAUGGAUUCAUUAAGGCUGUACAAGAAAAGAAUAACACAAUGAAUAUAGAACUCGCCAGCUUCGAAUUGAGCUCCGAAGCAUUAAUUGGAUCUCUAUUAGCAUUAUGCGCGAUAUUCGCUUUUUGCCGCAAUUUAUUACUAGAGGAUGUUAUUUGUAUUCCUGGAAAAACUAAGCAUAGCUGGAAGUCUAUCAAAAUAUUAGAUAAGGCAUGUUAUUGCAACGCUUGUGAAAUUCUGUUAACUAAUGCAGAGGGUCUCUUUUGCGAUUGCUGUGGUAUUUGUACCCAUUCCGCCCAUGCCUGUACCAAAAAAAUUGAUACUAAUUUUAAAUGUAAAGAUAAAUGGCUCCGUCAUGAAAAGGUCAUGCGUCAUUUAUGGAUUCGUGGUAACUUGCCAGUUGGCGUUGGUUGCUCAUUAUGUGAUGUUGAAAUCGAUUACCAUGCAACAGCGGGUCUCUUUGGCUGGCGGUGCGCUUGGUGCCAACGCUGCUAUCACAAUAACUGCUAUAAAAGUAUUGAUACAAGAGCUGAAUGCGAUUUGGGAGAAUUUCAGGAUAUGAUAUUUCCACCGUAUUGCAUUAUUGCUGCACGUACACGUGAGUCUGUGCGAUUGCAUUUGGCUGGUAUUAAACCACCUAACAUUGAAGGUUGGGAACCUUUAAUUGUUAUUGCCAAUACGAGAUCUGGCAGCAGUACCGGGUCACAUGUGGUAGCAUUGCUUCGCGGUUAUUUGCAUCCACUUCAAGUAAUGGAGUUGGGUGGUCGGGGACCACAAGAUGCUAUGCAAUGGGCUGCAAAAACCAGUCCGCGUCCUUGUCGAAUCUUAGUUGCAGGUGGGGACGGAACAGUAGGAUGGGUGUUAAAUACUAUAUCUGCGCUUAAUAUAAAGCCUGUGCCCUCAGUUGCAAUCAUGCCUUUGGGGACAGGAAAUGACCUUUCACGGGUAAUGGGUUGGGGUUCGCAACCUCCUAAUAUUUUGGACCCUGUUACAAUACUCAGAAAUAUAAAAAACGCACGAUCAGUAAAUUUGGAUCGUUUCGAUUUACAAAUUGAAAAACUGUAUUAUCGUUUACCAAUCCAGAGACAUCCUAUCAAAACGAUACAUGUCUAUAAUUACUAUAGUAUUGGAGUAGAUGCAUUGGUCACUUAUAAUUUUCACAAAACUCGAGAAUCUCGAUUUUACUUGUUGAGUAGUCGAAUUUUUAAUAAGUUAAUAUAUUUUGGCUUCGGCACACAACAAAUUGUUCAACGCGAUUGCGAACGGAUCGAACAAAAACUAGAUCUAUACUUGGAUGGUCAUAUUGUAGAAUUACCAGAAUUGCAAUCAAUUAUAUUCCUUAAUAUUGAUUCAUGGGGAGCUGGUUGUAAAUUAUGCGAACUUAGCAAUUCAGAUUCAAAAUGUAAGAUGGAAAAUUCAAUUUCGGAUGGCAUGUUAGAGGUUUUUGGACUUGUGUCGUCCUUUCAUAUGGCACAAUUGCAGUGUGGCAUAAGUAAACCAGUGCGCAUCGGUCAAGCUAAACAAAUACGAAUUGUUAUAAAGUCUACCUGCCCAAUGCAAUCGGAUGGAGAACCAUGGAUGCAGACUCCUGCCGACAUACGUUUACAAUCCCGCAGUCAGGUACGCAUGUUGAAGCUUGAGAGCUAGUGCAUAUGUUUAAAUGUUAAAAUGUACAUAAAGUCUAAUUAUUUAUAUGUACAUUUUUAUAAAUUCUAUACAUGAUUUAAUAAAAGUAACUAGUCAACCUAAAUAAUAACAGUUGA